AUGCACGUUAUGCAAUGGUCAAGAGACUCAAAUGUGACCACCACAGCCGCCACAACCUCGGGUUCAGAUGCUGAAGAGGAUAUCUUGCCUUUGACGCCUGAUUCUAAAUGUUCCUACCGUACGGGAUGCGCGCAUAUCCCGCCCCGUAGGUCGCCAGCUCUAAGCCAUUUUCAGAGGCAACGCAACCAAGGCUCCCACCCUUACCGCCGGCCAUCCCCAAGUUUUGAAGAGGAUUACCUGGGCUCUAAAUUAUUAGGCAGACCCUCUAAUAGUGACGAUUCGGCAGAGUCGAUGAGCUUCGGGGUUAAGGAUGCGUAUACGAAGCAAAUAGAACAACUCUCACCCGACUCAUUCCGUUAUGCUGUGCACUACAAAGAAGCAGUUCGUGAACGCAAGCGUAUGCGCAUGUUCACUGCGGCAUGGGAACUCGAGGAGAUCAAAAGGCUGCGUGCUUUUCUUCAAACAACAAUGGCCAGUUCAGAAAUGGAAUUCGUAGCAGCGGAGCAGGAGUCACGCUGGUUACUUGAUAUAAUUGUUGACCGUCAGAAACUGAGGACAGCAUUAUCGAGGCUGAGUCCUGAUGAUAAAUGGCCUCACUCUACUAAGAGUAACGAAUAUGUUGUCAAGCGGGAAUUGAUGGAUGAGUCAGGCACUUGCGACGAUCUCAACGAAGCGAAAAUUAAACUGCCUGGGGUGUACGAACCAACUGGAUUUAGACCUGAGAAAUCAGUUUUUAAGGAGUCCACCACAACGAUGCUACCCGCUUACACGUGCGAUGACCAGCAGCUAGAUUUCUUUUCUGACGAUGAAUAUAACUUGGACAGUCUGUUCAACGAUGAAUUAACCCCCCAUGAUCACGACGACUACCCACCGCCACACCCCAACCUUUUCGAUAAUAAUUUCGUGCAGCCUAGCGAGCCAGAGACAUCAAAUCUUCUGAUUACCAGGGAAGAAGAGACUCACCCCCAUCACUUCUCGCCAUCUUCGAGCCAAAAUUGGCUCAACCAUAACACUUUAGCAAUACAGCAACCUUCUCACACAACAGUGGACAACCCAGGGACUACCCUUCACCUACGAGCGCCAAGUCUUAGGCCGCAUGAUCCCGACAAUCACUAUGAGCUCCUCGAUGCAGGGACCGGGCUAAGUAUUGGGGAUUACCUGACCGGUUUUCCUCCACCAGUCUUAUCUAUGGAUGGGGUGUCAACAUUUCCGCGGGGAUUCCAGGGUGAACCAGAACCUCUGGGGGAGCCCUUACCACAUCCUGUCAAUCGCAACCACGGACCAUCGAAGAGAACUCAUCCAUUUCUGUUUCACCCAUAUUCACACCAACCCGGGAAUCACGAGGCAAGUGCAGCGGAUUCCCAAGCUCCCGAGUCUGGACCAUCCAUAGUCCAACAACCACUACUCCCCUCGUAUGCUGAAAGUAAUCCUUUGCACAUGGAGAUUGUUCGGUCUGCAUUGGACCACGUGAUUGACUACGCAGUCAAUGUUCACUGCCUCCUAAAUCAGAAGGCGAGAAAAAAGUUAGUCGAGGAAGCCUUGACCAAUGCCGUCAACUCCAUCUGCCCUCAUACACAAGCAGGGACCAGAAAGCAAUGGGUCAAAAAGAAUAAGAAGGCGCUGUACCAAACGAUUUCUGAUCCUUUCAAAAAGAUCAUGGCCGCUUGCAAGAGAAUCGCACGAGCCAAAAUCCAAACUGGAUAUCGUUUGCGUCCUGAACCUUGGUCAGGUAUCUCUGAACCCGAGCACCAGAGACAAAUAGUCCAAGACCUCAUUGACGACAAUGUCUUCCCUCCCAAAUUUAGCGCCGGGAAUGACGGUCAUGCGCUUGAGAACAGGGUGUUAUGGGACAUCAUUCUCAAUGCUCUUCAGGAAGUUGGUUACCAACGGUACCUCAGAACGCUGGAUAGUAUGAUGCCGACAGCAAUCGUCGCUGUGUACUGUGCGUUAUCGGAACUGUCAAGUGGAAGGUUGGUAGAUGUUGAAUUUGGGGCUGAUGCCUUUCGAGACCGGUAUGACGCACUGCAGGAUUAUAUUAACCAGAGAGUCGCCCAUGACGUAGCGUUUUUGGAGCGAUGGAAAGAUUACGAGCAGGUUACUCGUGCUAGGUUGCUUGAGAUUUAA